GCAAUAUAAAACCAAAUAUAAAGCAAGAAACAACCUGAUCGGAUCACCCUUCUGCAGCCACAAUGAUAGAUCAAAAGUGUAGUAUGCAAAUCAACCUUUCUACGGCUCCAAUGGUAGAUCAAAUGAGUAUCAAAACCAUACCUUCCCUUGUUGCAAUUUCUGUGAACAGCAAAGAAGAAAGGGGCUCACGGAAACAGGGAAGCCACAGGAAGAAGCCACGGUUGAAGAAGGAAGAAGGAAGAAAGCCUCCAGCGAGUGAAGACAGAAGGGAAACCAAGUCAGAUGUUGCCAGGAGACCGAGAGCGCACGAGAGGAAGAAGAUGGGAGCGGCGGCGGCUGAAAAAACCCUUUCAACCUAAAAACAAAACAAAGCCCUUCAUCCCUCGGGAAAAGAGGUAACAUGUACCUUUUAUAUAAUGAAAUGUCAUUUUGCAAAUAGGUCCCUCUCAAAACCAAUAUUUGGAGCAAAGUCCAAAAUAGUCAACAUAUUGGUAGGGUACUAUGGACAUGUUAUAUAUGCGCGCAAGAUGCUUUCACAAUGGCUGCCUCCUAUAACCACUUUCUUAGGAGAGAUGGGUAAAAUCCUCAUCAAGAUUUUGAGUAAUAUAGUUGUUCUUGCGUGAGCUACACAAGGGAAAUGUCCUGUGUCAUAAAGCGCUAAAACUCGGUGCAUAUUAGCCUGGAAAGAAAGAAACUUUUCAAUGAAUAUACAUAAUAAAGUUAGAUAUACAUUAGUGAAAUACCUUUUUGCAUGUCCCCUUUACCAUAGUCUUUAUUUGGAAUGGCUUUCUAAUGAUCCAAAUUGAUGUAUGGAUGAAGAUUUACUACAUCUAUUAUCUAAGUAGUUCAAAAGAGAGAACAGCUAACACUUUUUCUACUUGGUUUUAUUUGAUAGGUUCUAGGAACCUGUUUGCAGUUCUAGAUUUUCCAAAAAGUAAGAUCCUUGAGAAAAAUGGACUGUUAGGCUUUCUGUUAGUAAAAAAAUACUUGCAGAUAAAUACUCUAAUUCAAUGUGAGGAACAUGUCAUAAUGUGCAUCAGAUUGCUCCAGUUCCACGAACAGAUGGUCCAUAUUUGGAUAGUCAAUGUGUUUAUAUUUAUGUACCUGUUAACUCAUAUGCAUCACAAUUUUCAUUUUUUUUAUAUAAUUUUCCUUUAUCCACUUUUUCUUUGUAUAUUUUAAGGAAUUACAUAUAUACAAAUGGAGGAUAGAAUACUAAAUCUGUGAUAAUUGGGCCAUGAUUCACUAUGUAAUUAAGAUUCUCCAGAUGAAUCUAAGUUUUUCUUUCUUUGAAGCAGAAAACUAGGAGAUUCACUAUGUUUUUAAAGAAUAGGUAGUAUCUCUUGCAGAGUAUAUCAACUCUUAACGAAAUUUUGUUGUUUGAGUAAAGCUUUGCUUAACAUAACUUUUUAGGCAUAAUGCACUGACAUUUCCAUUCAAAGACUUUGCAGUGACUUUGUGGUUUUGAUCUUAUAAACUCGAAUCAACCAUUAUUUUCUAUUCUGCGAGUAUAUCUGGAAGAGGCUUGCAGGUUUUACUUUAUGGUUAUUUUUAGAUGUUCUUUCUGAUUUCUUUCCUUCUUUCAGAGCAUUACCAACCUUGUCUGGAUUAAUUAUUUGUAGUCAUGGUACAUAUUAGUUUGUGUACCUAUGGUGAUUCUGUUGUUGCAAGCAGUAUAAGUAUUACUUCUUCUCAAAAUUUUGAGCUGGCCUAUGAAUAAUACUUGCUAUUGCAACUGUUUCAAGGGGAAACACGAAGAGAAGAAACAUAUAAAGGAGAAGAGGUACAAAGAACAGAGACAAGGUAAAGAAAGAAAAGACAAGGAUAGAAGCAGAGAUAAGCACAAAGAGAAGAAGGAUAAAAAGGAAAAGUACAAGGAGAAGAAAAGGGAUAAAUACAGGAAUAGGAAGAACAGGACAGCAGAUGAUAAGAAAACUGAAGAACAGACCAAAGGUUACAAUGAAGAAAAGAUCUGGAAAGGUAGCUGGAAGGCUGAAGAAGUUAAAAAUUCUAAAUUCAUGGAGGAAUUUGGAAGGAGGAUCAAAGAUGAAGGGACAGCAGAGAGAUUGCUUGAGAACUUUGCAGGUUCAGUUCAAAAUGGGUUUGAGGGCUUUGGUGCUUCAAUUGCCUUGGAGAAGGAAAGAUGUAAUAGAAAUGAAAUGGCUGCAAACUUCAUUGCUCGAGAGCCUAGAAGAAAUGAUGCUUUGGGCCAACCAAUGGAGAUGGAUGCAGAUAGAAAGAAUGAAGGGAGGAAGAAGGCAAAAUAUAGGUAUGAAAUGCUUGCAAACCUCGUUAGUAAAGAGCAAAGAAGAAAUGAUGACAUGGGCCGAAUCGUGGAGAAGGAUGAAGAAAAAAAUGUUGAAGCAAAGGAAAAGGCGAAAGACAGGUAUGGAAUGGUUGAAAACCUCCGUCGCAAAGAACAAAGAAGAGGUGAUAAGAUGGGCCAAACAGCUGAGAAGGAUGCAGAGGAAAAAUUUGAAGGGAAGGAGAAAAGAGAUGAUGGAGACAAAAGGAUUGAAGGGAAGGAUAAGAUAACUGACAGGGAAGCUAAUGUCAGAAAGGGAGGCAAGCACAUCCAUAGAUGUCGGGAGAAGAGAUACAAAGGGAAGGACAAAGAUAGACAUAAAGAGAAGGAAAAGAAAAAGGAAAAGGAGAAAAAAAGGGAGAAAGGUGAAAAAACACACAAAGAACAUGAUAAGCCAAAAGACAGUGGAAAAAUGGAUCGGAUAGACGAUCUAAUCAUCAUGCCCUUAGUCCCUCAGAAAAACAAUGAAAAAUGUGCCGGUACUGAUGGAACUAUCAAGAAGAGGAAAGACUUUGAGAUAAAUGUGUUUUUGCAUGAAAUUGAUGGGCUGCCUAAUAAGCUUCCAAGGCCAGCACCAUCCUCCCGCCUGCAUGUUGAGAAUGGAAGAACACUGGAGUCAUGCCAUGUUGCUGCAGGUUAUUCUUCCAUUAAGCUUGGGACCACAAAAUACAUCAAUGCUGAAAGAGUUCCAGAGACUAAGAAACACAAGAUAAAUGGCAUUGCAGGACAUCCACAAUCAAUGGAUGACUUGAGGCCCUUGGUUUCUCUAGAAAGUAGUCCGAAUGGCAAAGCUUCUGUAGAACGGCCUCACCCUGAUACCAAGUUUCUUAGCCAGAUAUACUCUGUUCCAAAAAUGGAGGACUGGCCGGAAUAUACUGACCAGGAGUUGCUGUUUAGCAGUGAUCCCCCCCGGCCAAAGCCUAAGGCGUCAUUCAAGGCUGAAAAGACAUCCCACUUGUGGACCGAGGGACUGCAAAUUGAGUCGGCAGAUGUUUUUGCUCUGCCUUUUGUUAUUCCUUACUGAUAGCAGACAAGAUCUUCAUACAACCUGACAAUGCUGAUUGGUGAGACAGCUGUUGAAGGUGCGACAGCGUCAAGAAACCAAUGGGAGUGUUUUUCUUGCGGCUAUCUCUUGUUACUGUGCUCAUCUUCUCCCAGGACUCGGAUGCAAGAGUUCUCCAUAUCCAUACCUAGUUUUGAGUCAUUUAUAUGAUCAAGUAUGAGACCAAGAUCAUCAGACGUCCGAAGUCCACAGCAUGGAAAGGAGUUGGUGGAGCAUGCAUUUAUGAUUUGUCAUCUAAUUUCUGAUCUUGAGAGCUUGUCUUUGCUGUAGUACCCCACAAUUUUGAGUCGUGUCUUGUAAAUCUUCUUAUAACAAAAAAAUGUACAGUGGAAGGGAAAAAGGAAAAGGAAAGAGGCCGUUACGAUUCAUUCA